AUGAUAUUAAAACUAGAACUGAAACAAAUUUUUUUAUGUUUGGCUGUCACUAUUGGUACAUCAUCAUUAGCAUAUAGACUUUGGUUAUCAAUUCGUAAAAAACUUAAUUUUCAACGCCGUAAAAUAAAAUCUUCAAAAAGAAAUGUUUAUAUAAAUGGUAUAUCAUCGUGUUUUCCGUCAAAUUGUUAUCGACAAACACAAAUGCGUGAUAUGUUUAUUAAAAAUUAUUGCUCUGGGCAAACAAAUCUUAUUCCGAAAGAUUUAGAUUUUAUUGAUCGUGUAUUUUCAGCAGCAUUAAUUGAAACAUGUUCUGUUAAUUUACCUGAAGAGCAUUUAUUUAUUCGAAUGACACGUGAACAAUAUACAGCAUAUGUUAAAAAAACAAUGUUAUCAUUAUCAUGUCAAUCGGCAAGAAAUGCAAUUGAAAAUUCUAAUGGAAUUAAAAUAGAUCAAAUAACACAUAUUGUAUUUGGAACAAUGACAGCAACAAUUGCUGCUCCAUCAAUGGAUAUUUAUAUAACAAAAGAACUUGGUCUCAAUCUAAAUGUUAAACGUUUAAAUGUUGAAUCAAUGGGAUGUUUAACAGGUUUUCGUUUAGUUGGCUUAUGUCGAGAUAUUACACUAGAAGCAGAAAAUAAUAUUGUUUUAUUAAUUGUUUGUGAUAUUCGAUCAGCAUUAGGAAAUCAAUUCACACCAUUUAUUUCAAAUGAACCAAUUGAUAAAUCAAAUGUUAUUAUUGCAGCUCUUUUUCGUGAUGCUUGCGGUGCAGCUAUUUUCUCACAGAAAAACUCUAAUAACAAUAAUCAUUUAAAUGUUAUUGAUCAUCGGUCAGCUAUUAUUGAAAAUACAUUGGAAUUAGGUCGUUUAAAAGAAUUUAACGAUUCAAGUAUUCAUUUAUAUUUAGAUAAACAAUUACCAUAUGCUGUAUUUAAUUAUCUACCUAAUGUUGUAUAUAAAUUAAUUGAUCAAUAUAAAAUCGAUAAAGACACGUGUCAAUUUGCAAUUCAUACAGGUGGACCCAAAAUAAUUCGUGGAAUUCAAAAAUGUUUAAAUCUUAAAGAUGAACAAUUGUGUGCAUCUUGGUAUGUCAUGAUUAAUUAUGGAAAUCUUAGCGGAAGCAGUAAUCUUGUUGUUCUUGAACAUUUUACUCGUUGGAAAUAUUCAUCUAUUAAACCUGAUUGUAAAAAUAUUAUUUUUCCAAAAGAUUUUAAUCAAUAUAAAUAUGUUAUUGGACUUUCAUUUGGACCUGGUAUUGCAGUUGAAUGUAUUCUAUUUCAAUUAGAAUAA